AUUGGUGAAUGUUUUGGUUUUGCAUAACAUCUCACAACACACACAGACACACCGGCUGGCUUGUGCAGUAUUUCAGUGAUUUUCCCAAAUCUAAUCCGAACCUUUAUUGACCACCGACAAAACAAUAAAACAAUCCACCAUUCCGGCAAUGGCACCGAUCGUUCUGAAGGGAAGAAACUAUGCCCUGCUCGUCGGCGGCAUCGUGGGCUUCAUCGCACUGGCCUGCUAUCCAAUCAUCGUGCAUCCGAUGCUGCAUCCGGAGGAAUACAAAAAAGCGCAACAGGUCAACCGAGCGGGUAUCAAGCAGGAAGAAAUCCAGCCAGGAAACAUGCGAGUCUGGAGUGAUCCCUUCAAACCGCGGGAAGACAUUAAGCGAUAAACAAAGCUCAUCCAGUAGAGGAGAUUUGCCGUUUCGUUUACGUACUACACCUCCCAAUAACGUAAACGGUACGUUGAUUCUCUUCAAGUAGUAGCUUAAUACGAGGCACGGUGAAUGUUUGAGUUUGUGUUUUUGUGAGGAGAAUAAUAAGUUUUAGAUGUAAA